AACCUCGCCAUCGUCCCAUAACGUUUCAUCCUCUCGACUCGCGACUUUGAUUGUUCUCCUUCAUCGUCAUCGUCGUCGUCGUCAUCCCGUAGAGCAGGUCCUGGACCAUAUAACAUAUUAUUCACCACGCGAUCCCGGUUUGAUCGAAACUUACAGGUAGCGAACGAGUCGGCCGACCAGCAAAUCCAGCCCGAAUCACUCGACACGGGCAGAUAGCAAUCGGCGUGAUGGUCGUCUUCACCCCGCCUAUCGGGGAACACCUCGUCAUCCACCUCUCAUCAUCCAACUCGUCAUUCCAUAUCAGAACCAUCGACGUUCAAUUUCGAGCACGGGACGUCGACCGAAAGCUUCAACCUGGGGACCGGGUGGAAGUGUGGACCGAUGCACCGGAUCAGGAGGGCAAGAGGGUCGAGGGUGGAUGGAGGGCCGUCAAGUUUGAGGGCGAGGAUGUUGGUGUCGAGGAAGGAGACGGAACCGUGAACCCGGACGAACGGGAUGGAGACGUCCAGGUCUUUCAACUACCUACCCUUGCUCUUCCUCUCGACCCUUCCCGCACCGAUUCGACCUCGUCUCAAAUUCAAGUCGAUACCACGAACAACCUCGUCGCCCGCAUCUCCCUCCCCUACCCUCACUGCACUUCGGAAUCUGACCUGAAUUUCGAAUACACCUUCCGUAUCGUCUACCCGGACGGCAAGAUCUGGUGGUUGGGCGGGCUGGGGGCGAACGGGACCGUCAAGUUUCAGCUCGGAGGUGAUGACGACGGUGCCGAGACGGACGUCUGGAAUGGGUGGAAAGGAUGGGGGAUCUUGCAGGAAGGUACCAUCGCAGCCAUCCCCCGAUCCUCUGUCGAACGGCCGAGCCAGGCCGACCAAGACUCCGGAACGGCAUACUCGCUGGCUGUCCUUUACCAAGAAGAGCCUCGUGCUACCGAUACGGGAUUCUACAAGUUCUCCCCGUUCGAAGCUGGAUCGAAGCAAGGACAAGCCAGGGAGUCGGUACUUCUUUUGCCCAGGACGCAAGGGCAAACGUUUGAUAUCACCCAUGAUAGCGAGGGAGAGUAUCGGAUAGUUCCCCUUUCCCAGAUAGGAACCAGUUCGGUUAAAGAUGAUGUUUCGCCGUACGUGGUCUACAAAGGCCAGGGCACGGUCCACGGGCAAGAAGUCUUGGUCUUCGGGCUUGAGAAAGACGAUGAGAACGAGGGAUCAUCUCUGGCAGCGGGAGCGGGGAAGGUGUACGUCUUUUCCCGUAUGCCCGCUAUAACCGAAGUCGAGGGGAAGGUACACAGGGUCAAGGUGGAUUCGGCUUCCCUUGGCAUCGAGCAGGGAAGAGGCAAAAGUAGGAAGACGGCUCUGUGGGAUCGAAAGAGCAGGCGGUCGGUCUUCCUCCCUGGUUCCACCUCUGUGUCUGAGAACAAGACGGAAAUCGUGCUCGAGCUCGCACAAGACGAGCAUAGCUUGACGGCGCUGUCGGUCAUGGAACGGGUAGUGAUGCACCCUUUCGGGGACCACAACAUUGACAACAAGGAAAAGGUUCGACCGGAGGUUUUGGGCUGUGUCGAGCCAGUCUCCGGGUUGGAAUGGGUACCGUCGGUAGAGAGGGAGGAAGAAGAGGAUUUCGAAGAGGUCGUCCUCGUUCCUUUCGAUCAGGAAGAUGACGAUAAUGAGGACGGUGCUGGCGCAGGGGCGAACGGGUUGGUUACCAUGUCGCAAGACGGAUCUACAUGGGCGACCUUGGGUUCGUCUGACCGGUCCAUGCCGAGGUCCAGGUCAGCUUCGGCGUCGGUGAGCGCAGACGUCGGCGAGGAGGGCGUCAAGGGCAAGAUGGAGGAGGAAGGGCUAUUGAGCCCCAGAACGGUCGAUCUGCACGAGGUCGAGGAUGACCACGAGGAGGUCGAUGGGGUUGAGGCGGAAGACGGCAAAGACGAUCAUGCAUCGACGAGUCGAGCUAAAGCCGCCGCUGAUACUAAUACCGAUACGGACGAGAGCGAGACCUCGACUUUCGACAAGGCUCAACCCGCUCCGGCCACAUCGGACGACCUGGUCGCUGACCAAGACCUCCCCGUCACGAAGCGAAACCCUGAUCCCGACUUCAAACCGUUCAGCUGGAUCGCGAUCAUGCUUCGUAACCUAUGGAUGCGGACCUUGGGAGGAUUCUUCAGAUGGAUCGUGGUUAGGUUCAAGGGCAAUCAGAUCGAGAAGGAAGGAGAUGGUGGAGAGGGGGCCAGGAUCACGGAGCCAGAGGAGGUCGACGAGGAGACGCCGUUAUUGGGCAAGAAUCGUAGCGCCGGCUCUAGCGAUCACGAGGAGGAGGAACAGGAAGAGGUUGUUUCAACCCCGGUCCAUAGGGCUGACGAGGACGAAACUCGUACCCCAGAACAACAGCCUGUCAGCCUCUUGGAUUUGCCUGAAGCGCCACCCAUAAACAAGCCUUCCAUUGCGCCGCAAGACAUUGCCCCGAUCCGACCGGCCCAACCACCCGUCUACAAGGUUAUUACUAGGACCCGAACCAGGCUCGUCAAGGAACCUGGCUACAUGAAGCUCGUCAGCGGCAAGACCGGGAGGAUCACGCUGUUGACGGAUCUCGAGGAGACGCUCAGCAUCAUCCAUCGCACUGGCGCAGUUGGGGGCUCAAGCGAGGACGUCAAGCUCGAUUUCGAGAUCGUCCGCGCGGAUGAGAAGGAAGGGCGGGCUUUGACCGUCGUCAAGGUCGAUACGGCGGGGUUGCCUGAUCCAUUCGAUCUGCGGAUCAGCCAGGAUGAGAACGCCGCCGCCUAGGACGGAUUGGUAUUGGAGGCGAGGUUGCGGCGAACCGAUGGACAUACGAAGAUUAACGAUACGACAAUGGACUGUGACGCGGACUGGAUUUGGAAGCGACUGCGACUGAACUGCCGAUGCGAGGAGGAUAUAUAGAAUAGACUGCUUUACGUGCGGAUACACGAGAUCGAUAGGUCAGUAGGACCCGGAAAGUGCUUUGCGACGUGGCCUUUCCGUGGCUCGUGGUUUUGCUUUAUCUUACGACUAUGAUAGACGCGUAUGCAUAUGAUUUUCGUCAC